AUGCCUACUGAAUCUACAUACCCCAAGAUAGAGAUCCCAAAUGUUGAUCUUUGGGAGUUUCUGUUUGAACGCAAGGAUAAGCAGUUUCCGGAUGAUAAAGUAAUCUACACUGAUCCUGAUACCACCCGCUCUUACACCUACGCUCAAGUCCGUAGCACUGCCAUUGAGUUUGGAAAGGGUCUGAAGUCUCAAUGGGAGUGGAAACGCGGCGAUGUCCUCGCUCUCUAUACCCCUAACUGCAUUGACACGCCUGCCAUCACAUGGGGGACUCACUGGGCCGGCGGCAUUCUCUCCCCCGCGAAUCCGGGCUACACUCCUGAUGAGCUCGCAUUCCAGCUCAAAGAUUCAGGGGCCAAGGCUUUGGUUACGCAAAAGCCCUUUCUGAAAUCCGCAUGCGAAGCUGCAGCGAAGGUGGGCAUACCAGAAGAGAGAAUUAUUCUUAUAGGAGAUCAGAGGGAUGAGACAGCGAGAUUCAAGCACUUUACCAGUUUAAAAAACCUUGCUGGGACGGCGAGAUACAGGAGGACUAAGGUGGAUCCGAAGAAAGACCUCGCAUUCUUGGUCUACAGCUCUGGAACGACGGGCCAUCCCAAGGGUGUUAUGCUUAGCCAUGAGAAUAUUGUUGCGAAUACAUUGAUGAUCAAAGUGGCCGAGGGUGGAAACCUGAGUUGGAAGGGUGGCAAGGAUGGAAGGGGUGAUAAGAUUCUUGCUUUCCUGCCCUUCUAUCACAUCUACGGCCUAACAUGUCUAAUCCACCAAAGCAUGUACUCUGGUUUUGAACUGGUCGUAAUGCCCAAGUUCGAUCUCGAAUCCUUCUGCCGACACAUUCAAACCCACCGCAUCACCUUCGCCUACGUCGUCCCACCCGUCGUGCUCAUGCUGGGCAAAUCCCCACUGAUAGACAAGUACGACCUAUCCUCCGUCCGGAUGCUGAACUCCGGCGCCGCGCCCCUGACGCGUGACCUCGUCGACGCCGUCUACAAGCGUCUAAAGAUCCCCAUCAAGCAAGGCUACGGCCUCAGCGAAACCAGCCCCACGACACACACGCAGCCCUGGGAAGACUGGAACAAGACCAUCGGCUCCGUGGGCCGGCUGCUCCCCAACCAGACCGCGAAAUACAUGUCCGCGGACGAGACGGAAGUGCCGGCCGGACAGACCGGAGAGCUCUGGAUCAAGGGCCCCAACGUGUUCCAAGGCUACCUGAACAACCCCGAAGGCACGCGCAACGCCAAGACCGAGGACGGCUACUUCAAGACGGGCGACGUCGGCCACCAGGACGAGCACGGCAACUUCUACAUCACGGACCGCGUCAAGGAACUCAUCAAGUACAAAGGUUUCCAGGUGCCGCCUGCCGAGCUCGAGGGCCUCCUCGCCGCGCACGACAACAUCGACGACGUAGCCGUCAUCGGCAUCUACAACAAGGAGCAGGCGACCGAGGUGCCGCGCGCGUACGUGGUGCCCAAGAAAGGCGUGCAGGCGACCAAGGAGACGGAGAAGCAGAUUAUGGAUUGGUUGGCGGCUAAGGUCGCGAGUCACAAGAGAUUAAGAGGAGGCGUCAAGUUCGUGGAUGAGAUUCCAAAGAGCGCGAGUGGGAAGAUCCUAAGACGGUUGUUGAAGGAGCGGGCGUUGGCUGAGGAGAAGAAGGCCGAGAAAGCUAAACUAUAA